AUGUCCGGAAUCCCCAAUCUUCCAGAGAAGUUCGAUGACCUCCCCGACAAGCGCCGGUUCUGGCCUGGGGCAGCUGGAUCUGAGGAGGAAGGUCUAGGCAUGCUCCGUCUAUUGACGCCAGAAGUUGUUGCGCAAGCUGCGCAGACCCAAAUCCAAACUGGCGAGCGAGUAUGUCUGAACUGGGACAUGGAGAAUUUGAGCCCCGCCGGGUUCGGUCGAAAGCCGUUUGAACAUCGCGUGAAAUGGGUCGCUGAGGGCGUUGCCUUUGAUGAUGAAUAUCAUUUCAACCCACAGCAAUCCUCCCAAUGGGAUGGGUUACGGCACCACAACGCGCCAGCCCCAACACCAGAUAACAGCGACAGACGAGUAUUCUAUGGUGGGACCACGGCAGAGGAGAUUCAAGAUGAGAGCUGCUCUCGUAUUGGGAUUGGGUUCUGGGCGAAGAAAGGUAUUGCUGGGCGUGGAGUGUUGAUCGACUAUGUUUCAUAUGCCGCCAAGAAGGGAAUCAGUGUAAAUGCACUCAGCAGGCAAAUGAUCUCGCUGGACGAGGUACUCGAAAUCGCCCGCGAAUGCAACAUCGAGUUUCAAAGGGGCGAUAUCUUUUUCCUACGUGUCGGUCUGCCGGGGACGUGGGAAGGAAUGUCUCCGGAACAGCGGGUCACCUAUAGCCAGCAGGCAUUGCCGCAGCAUGCCGGCAUUGAACAAAGCGAGCGGGUGCUCCGCUUUGUGUGGGACAAUCAUUUCGCGGCCGUUGCAUCCGAUGCGGUUAGCUUUGAGGUCUACCCGGCUCUGAACCCCGAGUUUGAUUUGCAUCACUAUCUCCUUGCUGGGUGGGGGAUUCCAAUUGGUGAGAUGUUUGAUUUGGAUGAGUUGGCAGCGACCUGCAAGCGCCUUGGGCGUUGGAGUUUCUUUAUCUCGAGCAGUCCGUUGAAUUGCUCCCGGGGUGUUUCCAGUCCGCCUAAUUGCAUGGCGAUUUUCUAG